CCUCAUUACCCCGAAUGAUUUCUCUACUCUUUCUAGCUACUGGUCCUAUUCAGAUUGAGAAUUUGAUAUCUCUACCAUCAUUUGAGACCAUUACUAAAUUCCAAAAUGAGCGUCUCCAAGCCCAAGGACGACCUAAACUCAGUCGAGCGGGUUGGUUUGUUGACCGACGUGCAUCUCGAGCCAAUGCAUCAAAAUGGGAAAAUGAAAGACGUGGAGGAUCGGGAAGAGCUCAAUGAUCAGAAUGCAACAAUUGGACCUCGAGGAUGGAAAUUCUGGGCCGUUUUCAUGUCAGUUGUGUUCACUCAGAUGUUGAUGACACUGGGCUCCAAUAUCACAUCCACGGCAUUACCUACCAUUAUCGAUGACAUUGGUACUUCAGACCAGUUCGUAUGGAUCAUUAACGCCUUCUCAUUGAGCUCAACAAUUAUCCAACCUCCAAUUGGGCAAAUCGCGGAUAUAUUUGGCCGCAAAAUACCAACAAUCAUCAGCGUCCUCAACUUCAGUCUCGGCAGCGCAAUCUGUGGAAUCUCAACAAAUUUGACUUUGAUGGUUAUCGGAAGAGCUGUUCAGGGCCUUGGAGCUGGUGGAAUCUUUGUCCUCGCAGAUCUGAUUACCAGUGACUUGGUCCCACUCCGAGAACGCCCUAAAUUCCUUGGGCUUCUUUUAGCUGGUAGUGCUGUGUCUUUGAUUGCAGGACCAUUUUUGGGCGGCAUCAUUACUCAAUACCUCUCCUGGCGUUGGAUAUUCUUCUUGAAUGUUCCCAUUGGAGGAUUCAUCAUUGUCCUCCUCUGGCUGUUCCUUAACUUAAAGCACCAGCAACACCGCACUUGGAAACAUGCCAUCAAAGAGAUCGACUUCCUCGGAACAAUCGUGUUUAGCGCAGCUGCGAUUGCCAUGAUGCUUGCAUUGGCAUCAAGCGACGGUUUCUGGACCUCCAAAGCAUACACUUUAAGCUUUGUCCUUGGCUGCCUUGGCCUCAUUCUGUUCGGCGUCCUGCAGAACUCUAGAUUCUGUCCGUCUCCCAUCAUGCCUCUGCGACUCUUCAACCUUGCAUCGUCGUUGGUAUUCAUGAUCACAUUCCUCUCAAGCACAAUACUCAUGCUUGUGCCAUACUUUCUGGCUAUCUACUUCCAAGCUGUCCUUCAAGACUCCCCCACAGAAGCAGGAGUCGAUCUACUUGCGACUGUCGUCGUCUUGCUUCCUGCAGCAAUGGUUAUUGGUGGUCUCGUCUCAAAAACCGGCCAUUAUCGAAUUGCACACAUCUCAUCUUUUGCACUCACUGCCAUAUCCAUGGCAGGAUUCAUGCUUACGGACGACCACACAGCCACAAUGAAUUGGAUCGUACUUUCUGUUCUUGGAGCUAUCGGCAUGGGGGCUUUGAUACCGACAGCACUCCCUGCAGCUCAAGCACCAUUACCCGAUUCAGAUGCUGCUGCUGUCACAGCCGCCUUCUCAUUCUUCCGAAGUUUCGGCCUUCUUUGGGGUUUUUCUAUUCCAGCCUUCAUGUUCAACGCGGAAGUUGAAAACGCAAUCACAGUUGUUCAAGACGAGCAUAUCGCUGGGAUGCUCUUGAACGGAGGCGCCUUUGGAAAUGCUAGAUCCGAGUUCAUUGCGGGUUUAUCUGAGCCAGCAAGGACGCAAGUCAUUGAGGUCUUCAUUCGAAGCCUGAGAGUAGUGUGGAAGGGAGCUUUCGCAAUCUCUUUGUUUGGCCUUGCACUGGCUUUUCUUGAGACAGAGAAGAAAUUGAGAACGACUCUCGAGACUGAAUUCCAAAUCGAUGACAGCCCCUGGAAAAACUCUACAAGACCUGUUGACAGCGAGAUUGCGUUGACGAGGUCGCCUUCACAGGAAACAAUCAUCUCUGAGUACAAAGACUCGGACUCCCCGUCUACCUCUUAA